UCUCUAUCCCCCCACUAUCGCAGACUUGAGCCCUGGCCUAUUAACAUCCACUCUCCGCCAGUCCAUCGAAUAAAUGUGUGUGUGAGAAAUCGGCUUAGCGCUGUUGCUCUGUGUUGCGCCUGGAGAGAGGAUGUGCGCGCACAGGGUUUGGAUGUGAGCGGCUCGCGGGUUGGCGAUAGCAGCGUGCAGACGGCACAGGGACGCAGGUCUCAGAGCAGUCUUAGGGGCUCGUUUUGGACAAUAAGUCACACACGGACUUCACAACAAUAAUGUGAACUUUGAGCCACCAUGGAGAAACGGACUAAUGGGGCGCGUUUAAAUUGUAUUUCAUGCCGCUGCAAUUAGAGGAGAAAAUAGUAAUAAGAAAAAAAAAAAUGACGCUCAGAGUGCAUGGGGGGACCUUGUGAGAGCCACCACUCCAGUCCUAAAUGGCCGAACUUGAAGUUUCCAGAAAUCUCAGUUUGGAAAAGGUGGAGCGAUGUAUGAGCGUGAUGCAAUCCGGGACUCAGAUGGUAAAGCUGAAGGCAGGAUCCAAAGGACUGGUGAGGCUGUUCUACCUGGACGAGCAUCGCUCCUGCAUCCGCUGGAAGCCUUCACGCAAGAGCGAGAAGGCCAAGAUCACCAUUGAUUCGCUGUACAAAGUGACAGAGGGCCGUCAGUCGGACAUCUUCCACAGGCAUGCGGAGGGCAGCUUCGACCCAGCCUGCUGUUUCACAGUUUACCAUGGAAACCACAUGGAGUCCCUGGACCUGGUCACGUCCAAUGCAGAAGAAGCCAGAACCUGGGUGACUGGCCUCCGCUACCUCAUGGCUGGGAUCAGCGAUGAGGACUCACUGGCGAAACGUCAACGUACACAUGACCAGUGGAUGAAGCAGACAUUUGAGGAGGCUGACAAAAACGGAGAUGGGCUGCUGAACAUCGAAGAAAUUUACCAGCUCCUCCACAAGCUGAAUGUUAACCUGCCGCGCAGGAAGGUCAAGCAAAUGUUCCAGGAGGCGGACACGGACGACCAGCAGGGCACGCUGACGUACGAGGAGUUCUCGGUCUUCUACAGGAUGAUGUCGCUGAGACGGGACCUGUUCCUGCUGAUGAUGGCGUACAGUGACAGGAAGGACCACCUGACCGCCGAGGAGCUGGCCAACUUCCUGCGCAGUGAGCAAAAGAUGACCAACGUGACCCCAGAGUACUGCGCAGACAUCAUUGACAAGUUUGAGGUGUCCGAUGAGAACAAACAAAAAGGCGUCAUGGGAAUUGAGGGUUUUACCAGUUUCAUGCGCAGCCCCACCUGUGAUGUGUUUAAUCCUUUGCACCACGAGGUAAAUCAAGACAUGGAGCAGCCUCUGUGUAACUACUUCAUCGCCUCGUCACACAACACCUACCUGACCGGAGACCAGCUCCUGUCUCACUCCAAGACUGACAUGUACGCCUGGGUGCUGCAGUCCGGCUGCCGCUGCGUGGAAGUGGACUGUUGGGACGGUCCUGAUGGGGAGCCGGUGGUCCAGCACGGCUACACCCUGACCUCCAAGAUCACCUUCAAGGCUGUCAUCGAAACCAUCAAUAAAUAUGCUUUCAUCAAUAACCAAUAUCCGGUGAUUCUGUCCAUAGAAAACCACUGUACCAUCCAGCAGCAGAAGAAGAUCGCUCAGUGCCUCCGAGAGAUCCUGGGAGACAAACUGGACCUGGGGGAUAUACUGAGCAGAGACUGCAAAACACUACCCAGCCCGCAAAGCCUGCAGGGCAAGAUACUCAUAAAAGGAAAACGUUUGCCUGCCUACCUGUCAGCGGACAUAGAGGAGGGCGACGUGUCCGACGAUGACAGCGCAGAUGAAAUUGAAGACGACUUUAAGCUUAAGAGCAGUAAUAGUAACGGCCAUCACCAGGUGGAGUCUCAAAUCAGGAAGAAGCUGGACUCUCUGCUCAAGGAGUCUCAGAUCGGGGACAAGGAGGACUCUGAGAGCUUCAGCAUCCGAGCCCUGCUGCGAGCCACGCAUCAGGGCCUUCAGAAAAACCUGCGGCAGAGCUCCAAAGGGGUUUUGAAGAAAUCCCAGAGCAGAUCCCUCAUCUCAACACUGAAACAGAAGAGACACUCCAAAUCCAGGCUGUCAUGCCAGAGUGUGGAGAAGGAGGAGGAUGACCAGGAGAGCUCUGCAAAGGAGGCUGUGGGACAGAGCAGGGCUGGAAAGAAGAGAAAGACGAUGAAACUGAGCAGAGAUCUGUCAAACCUGGUGGUGUUUACCAACUCUGUUGCCUCGCAGGAGUGUCUAAAUGAAGGUACUCCAGGUGACGUCCUGUCAUUCAGCGAGACCAGGGCCCAGUCUCUGGUCAAUCACCGGGCCGAAGACUUCCUGGCUUUCAACCAGAGACAGCUGUCACGGAUUUACCCAUCAGCCUAUCGCAUCGACUCGUCCAACUUCAACCCCCAGUUCUACUGGAAUGUGGGCUGCCAGCUGGUGGCCCUGAACUACCAGACAGAGGGCAGGAUGAUGCAGCUCAACAGAGCCAAGUUCAUGGUUAAUGGAGGUACCGGUUACGUCCUCAAGCCCCCUCCCAUGUGCAAAGGCUCCUUCAACCCAUUUAGUGAUGACCCACUUCCAGCUUACCCCAAGAAACAGCUGAUUCUCAAAAUCAUUAGUGGACAACAGCUGCCCAAACCACCAGAUUCCAUGCUUGGAGACCGAGGAGAGAUUAUUGACCCCUUUGUCGAGGUGGAGAUCAUUGGUCUGCCUGUUGAUUGCUGCAAAGAGCAGACACGAGUUGUAGAUGACAAUGGUUUUAAUCCAGUAUGGGAGGAGACUCUGUCCUUUACUCUCCACAUGGCUGAAGUGGCUCUGGUGCGUUUCCUUGUGUGGGACCACGACCCCAUCGGACGAGACUUUGUCGGUCAACGAACUGUUGCCUUCAGCAGCCUCAUGCCCGGUUAUAGACAUGUUUACUUGGAGGGAUUGACUGAGGCUUCCAUCUUUGUGCAUGUAUCAGUACAUGACAUCUAUGGAAAGUGGAGUCCUCUAGUCCUGAACCCCAGCUUUACCAUAAUGCACUUUCUAGGAUCUAACAAGGGUAAUCAGUUGCGAGGCUUCCGGGGUUUCUUUAGCCGUUCUGCCAAGUCAUCCGUGGACACACGCUCUACCCUUCGGAAACGUUCCAUCAGUGAUCACUUCCUGCGGCGCACAGUCAGUGCCCCUGCUAAGGGACGCAAGAAGACCAAGCUGGCCCUCGCAGAGUCACUGGCUUCGAUAACAGAUCGAAAGAACAGCACAGGGGCAGGAGGAGAGAGUGUAGGGAAGGAGGGACGGGUUGAGAGACGCCACCCAUCCCGGGCAGGUCUUACCCACAGGCCUAUGUCCAUGCCCCUGGACAGGCUACUGCAAGGGCAACUGUCCCUCUGCUCCACAGACAAGGACCAGCUUGACAUGGGUGCAGACACUGUCAUUGGAAUGCUCCCAUUUGAUCGUCCCAGGUCUUCCUCUGUGGACCUCCUCAUCGAAUCCUCAGCAUCUACUGAACCUAGCAUCUCGCUCCCUUGUAAGACAUACACUUGUAGGAAAAAAGAACUUGAUGAGAUAGAAGAGACCUCUUACCUGGUCAUUGGCGGAGGCAAAGCAAGAAGCACCGAUGACUACUCCAAAUACCAGACAGAAAACAAUGAAGGAAACAAAGCAAAUAUCAUCUCCACAGGGUCAGAGCAAAACUGUUUCAGCUCACCUGAGAACAACCAGAGGAAACUAAAUAAACCUGAGACGUCUUCAAACAGCACAACUUUCACAGUUGUACCUUCAGUCUCCUUGUCCUCAUCAUCUGCAACCUCCUCUCUGCCCCCCAUUUCUCCUGUCAGUGUUGACCACUGUGAAGUGAAAAGUCCUAGCUCCUUGCAUGACAGUACCAUCUCCAGACUCAUUGAUGCUGUUUCACUAGGCAAUGAAAAUGACACUUGUGGCUCUAUCUCUGCUCUAAUUGGUCAAUUUGAUAUCACGGUUGACCAGAACAAUCUUACGAAAUUAUCUAAUUGUGACAAGAAUGCUGAUCAUGUCCUAAAUAGCCCUUCCCACACCACCACUCAAAUCUCCCAUAGUCCACAUCAGUUAGACUUUAGGACUACUACCCAGUGCAAAGCACUGCAAGAUAUUAAGUCUCCUCUUAAGGCCACUGGAGCAUGUAAUCACACAGGCACAAUCAGUCCCCAGAAGGCAACUCAAAAGACCAGUCAUAUAAGACAUGAAAUCUUUUCACCACACAAGACUUCCCAGAAAAAACAACUUGCUCCCACUCUCCUCUCUAGCCCAGAGACCACUGAGCAAGAAGAGGUCUACACCAUUCUGGAUGAGGAGAUAUUGUUGCCUACAUCAGUGUACAACCUAAAGGAACAGAACAUUCAUCUUCAGGCAAACUCUAUGGAGAACAGGCCCUCAAACAGCUUGGGUUCUUCUCUAGCCAAGAUACCUGAGGGCUUGCGGAAAGAAGACACUGUGGGCUGUGAUGAUAUUCAGAUAAAGAGGGGUGGUAGUGAGGAGGUUGGGGUAGCAGAAGAGAGUGUGUAUGAGGAGGUUUAUGAUCCCAGGGGGCCAAUACCAGAUCUGGAACAGAGAAUGCCGAGAACAUACAUGGACCCCUCUGUAAGCAGUGACCGUUUCCAGUUUUGCCAUGAUUCAGUGGGAAGUGCCUGUAUGGAGGUAGAGAUAAAUGUUGAUGAAGAUCCACUGGAGAUGAUAUUGACUUCCUCACAACAUGACAGCUCAUUGGGAGGAAUCACAAGUCCAACCAAACGCCAAGCCAUUUAUGAAAAGAAUUUCACAGGCACCUAUUCCCAGCAAAGGCACCCUUCACCAUAUUGUACUCCUCAACGCCAGCACUCCUCACAUGCAUCUCAUCCAACAUUUUCACAAUAUUCUUCACAACUGAACCAACAAUCAUCUCAGAUGUUCCAUCACCAACAGCUCACAUCCAGUUGCCAGCCCUCUUCCUUUCACAGACCAAUCACCUCUAGGCCUUCCAACCCUAGUCCACUACGUCAGAACAGCUACCCCAACCCUCAGAGCAAACUUGAAACCUUUGACAACAAGAUGGACUUCAGCAGGUCUUACGCCCAACAAAGGAGCUACAAUGGCAGUCAUGCUCUAAACAGGUUCCACGAUAGGUUUGGGGAUAUGCAGAAUGAGAAGGAACCUGUCAAGGGCUUUCCGAAUGGCUCAUCUUCCUCUGAGAAUCUCCCUUGCCUGUCAGGUGUGGCUACAAGCCUGUUUAGAGACAGAGCUUUUUAUUCCCCUACUUCUGACUUUGAUGUGGUAUAUAGCCAGCUGGAUAAUGACUGCUUCACAUCCUCAUCAGCUCCUACAACUUCUCACUACAUGCAGCCACACAGCCAAAGCCUGACACAGUCAUACACCCACGCACAGCCACGGAACCAAAUGUUCUCCCAAAUAAACAAUAGGCACCAAUCUCAUCCUGAACCAGGAGUUUCACUCCAGACUAGUUCAGAUUCUUUCUCAGCUCUUUCUCAGCCUGAUCCCAUGGCCUCCAAGUCCUCCAGCCCCUGUAAAUCUAAGUCCCUGGGAGACCUGACUUCUGAAGACAUAUCAUGCAACUUCCAGAGUAAAUACCACAUUUUAAGUCGCAGUUUUAUUACUCCUCAUAUGACAAAUCGUAAGAGAGUGGGAGCCAUGGGGGGUGUAACUUUCCAGUCACAGCCCUCUGAUCCACUUACAGAGCAGCUACGUAAGCUGGUCAGUCUGGAAGGGAGUGACAGUGACACAGAUAGGCCCCAGUCCCCCCAGCUGCCUCAGGCAGCAAAACCUCCACAGUCACACCCACAACCACAGACAACAAACACUGCUCACUCUGCUGUGAGGGAUACAGACGAUUCACCUCCACUCCUCACACGUCGCCUAUCUUCUCGGAGUCAAAGCCGUGUGCGUCACAUAAACAACCGUGCCCGAGAAAGGCAACAGGAGGCUCUGAAGCCUCGUGCAGGGGUGGUGAUCAGUAGCACUGCCAGCAUUGGUGGAGUGGUACUGAGGAAUAAACCAUCCUCACAGAAUCCACCAGCUAAUAGACACUCUACUGGCUCUUACAUAGCAGGCUACUUGGGUCAGCUGGAGGACAGGGGGCUUCCUGAAGGAGCUUGUACAUCAUUACACUAUGGAUAUGGGGACCGCUAUAGAGAUCACUACUAUACCGAUGAUUCUCUCCCACCUGCAGACUCUUCUUGCUCUACCUCAGAGCCUGAGGUCUACUUUCUGCUCAGACUGUAGCUUCAAAACCUGACUGCAAUCUAUAAUGAAUUAAAGGAUUAAGCAAUGAUUUAUGAAGAAGUACAAUAACACCAAAAGCCAGAAGAUCAAGGACAAAUUUUAAAUAAUUAAAGCUCCAAUCUACAAUUUGCGUAACACACCAGCCAUCACAAAAUGGCUGAGUCAACAUUGUGCGCUUUUCCUGUAGACUCAGUGUAGCUGAGUUUACAUGGUCUGCAUUUCCAAACUAUGUUGGCGUGAGUUUACAGGGAAUGCAGACCGUGUUAAUUUAGACCAUGUUAAUUUUGUGACAGGGGAGGGUUGCAUAAAUUGCUGAUUAGGGCUUCAACAUUGUUUCCAGUUCAAUAGACCUAAUUUGUUUUUUUUGUUUUUUUUUUUCGAGAAACAAAUAUACUCUGUACAAUAUAACUGAAGCAUCACCUAUAUUCUAUGGUUGGAUCUCACAGCAUGAAAUUCCUGUAUGAGAUGCCCACUAUUCAAUAGUGAAUGAACUCUAGCCUGGCAGUGUAUUGUCUAUGUUCUGGUCAGUGUAUAAAUGUACAAGGGAACGUUGAAUCCUUUCAAACUGCUUCCUAGACUGAUUGUACAGAUUCUUGUUCUUUUUGUCCCUGUGAUGUACUGUCCAAAUUGUCUACAUUUACUUUGAAGCAAAAAAAAAGAAGAAUUGAGAUUUAAACAGAGGGGAUAUUUCACAGUCUUUGUAACAUUUGAAUGUGUAGUAUAAUCAAAUAGCCACUUCUAAAGGAUGAGAUUCAUAUUAUCAAAGAUGAAAUUUAAGUCUUCCUUCUCUUUUUAGUGGUAUUUCUAUAUUUGUGUUGUGUGUAAAUAUUCUUCACAUUGUUUUUAAUCUGAAUGGGUUAUAGUUGAGAACCAAUGUCUAACUUGUACAUUUAGGUUUUUGCAUGUUUACUGUAGACAUGUCAAGCAUGACUAUGCACCAAUUGAUACAAUAGAUGUUAGAAUGCCCUACUACCUUUGCACAAAAGAAAUAGUUGCAUUGGAUACAACAGAGGACAUAAGAUUUGCUUGCAGUGGGUGCAAUACAGUACAUAGACUUGCUUGCUUGGACUUGUUGCUCUCUUCUAUGAUUUCUAGAAUUUGAAACACUAUUGCAUAUUUUCAACAUUUGGAGUUUAAAGGCUUUUUAUUUUUAUAAUUACUUUGAUACAGACUGCAAAAAUGAUCUCUUGUUGGGACUGGUUAUUUAAUUUUGUAUAACUGAAUGGAGAGAAGACAGACUGUACAGAGACAGGUUGAGGAAAGUAGGGGUUUUAGACUGGACAAAGCUGCAGUUUUUUAAUCUUUUUUUCAGUGUUAAACCAUCCUCUUUUCUUUGUAUUGUUGCUCAUCAGAGGACUGUGAGCAUUUUCCUACCAAUGCAAUAAAAUAUUGAAAUAUUUGAAUUGAACAAA